GAUCCGGUAAAGUUCGUUAUGGACUGGUUCAAGAUGACUGAAGGACGGCCCUACAAAGCCCGAGCCGCAUUCAUGUUCGAGGUAUUUGCCCCGGCGUACCCCUGUCUCAUGGAGGAGCGCCUUGGCACGUGGCUGGACGGUGGCAAGUGGGUGUGCCGCCCCUCUCUCCUCAACGCCUCCUCGGUUGUCUACAGCAUAGGGUCAGACGGCAAGGACUCAUUCGAGGAGGAGAUUUUCAGCCGCUUCAAGUCACAAAUCCAUGUCUUUGACCACACGCUCACGCCGCGCAAAAAGGCCAAGGUGGAGCGCAAAAAGGCAUACAAGUUCCACCCCGUCGGCCUCGCUGUCUCAUCCAACGAGUCUGCUUCUCUCAGCAGCUUCAAGGACCUUACAACGAUGCUAGGUCACUCUUUCGUGGACAUAUUCAAGGUGGAUUGCGAGAGCUGUGAAUACGACGUCAUUCCGUCCAUCCUUGAUGGUUACACCACGCCACCCUUUGGACAG